UUAAAGAGACAAACUAAAGACUUUUCUCCGAAGAUGUUUUAUUAAUGUAAAGUUGUAGCUAUUUUUGAGCGUGCUGCUGUCUACUUUCGUCCACGUUGUGAACUAAAUGGAGUUAGCCAUGUGGUUGGAUAAACUUUGGCGUAAACGUUUCUCCUGUGAAACUUGUUAAAUGAUUUGUUUUGCUAUGAGCUCGUGAGCAAACUUUAACACUACUUUGCACUGAUGCUUAUCAAAGCUAGCUAGCUGAGGCGGCUAAACGGUUUUUUUUUUCUUGGAACAGCUGUUAUGUUUCAGUUUUGAUGUGAGAAAGAUACAUACGGUAGAGCGGAAAGCGGCCAAAUCUCAGCUGAAACUUCCAGCUUCCACAAGCCCAAACGCUUUACAGGGCGGCUGUCAUUAUUCACCUGAAUUUACACGUUAUUCUGAAUUGUAGACUGAACCGGUUAAACAAAAUCUGUAUUACCCUGACUGAAUCCUCAGCAUCAGGCUUGUCAGGAAAGAGUGAUGUAUGAAAAUGUGCCGACAGUGUCGGCGACUGAGCGGCAGCAGGUGCUCCAGGCCGUGGAGAGGCUGCAGUCCAAGCUGGCUCAGCGUGAGGAAUGGACUCACAGCGAAAGGCUUGGAGCACUAAAGGAAGCACUACAGAGCCCUCUGCUUGGCCGCAUCCUCACCCUGCAGCACUCUCUCAAACAGCUUAAAGACCAGCUGAACUGUCUACCUCCAGAUGCAUGCAGUGAGUUCAGUUUCUCCAAGAAAGGCCAGUUAAUUGUGAGUGCUAGUCGUCCUGGAAGCAGUCUGGGCUCUGUAGUGUCCAAUGGCACAUCUGUGUCUUCAGGAUCCUCUGAACAGCUCCAGAGAUGGCUCCAUGCUACAGCAAAGGGAAGAAAGCUGGAGCAUGUGAGCUUGCUGAGGCCAUUGACAGGAGGUCUAGGCUUCAGUGUGGUGGGGCUGAGGCCGGAUGGAGUUGGCCCUCAUGGAGUUUUCAUCAAACAGGUGCAGCUGGGGAGUGUGGCAGACAGAGAUGGCAGAUUGCAGGAGAAUGACCAGAUUCUGGCCAUCAACGGGAUUCCCCUGGACCAGAAUGUUACCCAACAGCAGGCUAUUGCUUAUCUGCAGCAGCAGAGGGACCGAGUGGAGCUAGUAGUGGCCAAAGACUCUUUGCUAAAACCACACCUACCCUCAUCUGGAUCCAUUCAGACAGUAAGGCCAUUUCAGGAACAAUGGGGGCAUGUAGAGGAGAUUGAGCUAAUGAAUGAUGGUUCAGGUCUCGGCUUUGGAAUCGUGGGUGGAAAGGCUGCUGGAGUGGUCGUACGCACUCUGGUACCAAACAGUGUUGCAGAUAAGGAUGGGCGGCUGAGGACUGGUGACCACAUCCUGCGGAUUGGGGACACGCCUACGCAGGGUCUGACCAGUGAGCAGGUUGUGCAGGUCCUGCAGGCCUGUGGUAUCAGAGUCCGCAUGCUAAUCGCCCGUGACCCUUUGGGCAAUGCACAGCCUCCCCCGCCACCACCACAUGCUCCUACAACAGCACCCAUUGCCUCCAUGCACCCACCCAUACCAGCACGCAGAACCAGCAAAACGCUAAACCUUGAGGGCCAUGAGAUUCAUGAAGUGUCGCUGAAGAAGAAAGACGGUCAGAGUCUGGGAAUUUCUAUUGUUGGCUGCAAUUCUUCAACCAGCGAUGACGGAUUAGGGGUUUCUGUGAAGAGCAUCAUCCCUGGCAGUGCUGCCGAACAGUGCGGGAAUAUCAUGGUCCAUGACAGAAUAAUAGCGCUGAAUGGAGUUAACCUGCAGGGCUUCACCAGCCAGGAGGUCCUGGAUGUGAUGAGGCAGUCGAGUCAGACUGUGAACCUCACUCUGGUCCGCAAAAUCGCCUCGCCCAAGAAAUCUGCUGUGGAGAUAUCUCUGGAUAAAGUCCAAAGAGAGUCGUCCCGAGUGUCUCUGAAGAGAUCUGCAGAGAUCAAGGUGCGGGCAGAUGUUCAGAUGGCCUCUGUGAUGGAGCCAGCGGACACGAGUCAGACUGCGAUCAAACAGCAGUCGUCUGCAAGAGUUCGAGAGCCCAUUCUACUGACAGAGAUGGAGUUGCGCACCAAAUGGGAGCAGGCACUCGGCCCUCAGUAUGAUGUUAUGGUUGUUGAACUAGACCCUGUCAUUGAGGAUGAUGCUGAGCUGCAGAAAUAUUCCAAGUUGCUCCCGAUACACACCAUGCGUCUGGGUGUGGAGCUGGAUUCGUUCGAUGGUCACCACUACAUCUCUACUGUGGCCCCUGAUGGUCCUGUGGCCAAGCAUGGUUUACUGCGACCAGAGGAUGAACUUCUUGAGGUGAAUGGAGUGCAGUUGUAUGGGAAGACGAGGCGGGAGGCUGUAGCAUUCCUGCGAGAGGUUCCUCCUCCCUUCACUCUUGUGUGCUGUAGACGCCUCACUGAAGAGGGCACUGAAUACCAACCUGAGGAUGAAUGGGGCUCCAGCAGCCCUACAGCUAGCCUACAGGAGCAGACACAAGUGAUCCAGAAGGAGGUUGCUGAGCAGAGAACAGCUCCAGAGCAGAGUUUUGCUCAGAGGGAGGAGGAUGAGGAAAGGGAGAGUGGAGAUGAAGAGAAUGAAGAGGGAGAGCUGGCUCUCUGGUCUCCAGAAGUGCAUGUGCUGGAGUUAGAGAAAGGCGAGCGAGGCCUCGGUUUCAGCAUUCUGGAUUACCAGGACCCUCUGGACAUUACGCGCUCUGUGAUAGUCAUUCGGUCAUUGGUAGCCGGAGGUGUUGCAGAGAAUAAUGGCGACCUGCUACCUGGUGAUCAGCUGGUCUUUGUUAAUGACACCUACCUGGACACAUGCUCUCUGUCCCAGGCUGUAGAUGUCCUCAAGGCUGUGCCACCAGGCACGGUAUACCUGGGCAUCAGGAAACCUCUGGGGGCAGAGGACAGGAGCACUGUGGAGAAGCCUACAGAUCUCAAGGAGCAAGAACACACCCCCACUCAUCCUCAGCUACCUGCGUCUAAGAGCUUUGGGGAUGACUCUGAACUUCCAGAAGACAUUGAUGAUGAGCCAGAGCUGAUUCUGGAAAGUACCAUCCGUUAUGCCAAACCUCUAAUCACUCCGGAGCUCCUGCCAGGCGAAGAGAGAGAGAUGGCUGUGGAUGAGGAGGAAGAUGAAGAGGAGGAAAGAAACAGUGUGAGAAGUGACAGGGAGAGUCCACUGUUGUUCCACAGGGAGCAGUCACCUUUCAGGGAAGAGGAAGUUAUGUCAAACCCCUACCAGACCUUUACCCAAGCUGAAAUACAGCAGCAGGUGGAGGAGGACAAUGCAGCUGAAGAGGACUUCAGAACAGAACUGGAGUCAAGCAUAAAUCUCCAUCAGCAUCCUCUCAGCCAUUCAGCAAGGACAUGGCAGGAGUUGGCAGAGUCCGAGGUGGACUCAGACUCCAGGAAUGAAGGCUCAGAACUCACUCUGACUGACACAGACACAGAGUCUGCACAGCUGUUUUCAUAUCCCAGACAAAAGAAGAGAAGUCAGGGGGCUGCAAUGGGGCUGAUGAGAGACGAACACAGUGAUUUGCCAGAGAGGGAGGAUGGAGAGGGAGAGGAAACGCCCAUCUUCAGUCACUGGGGUCCCCCACGCAGAGUGGAGGUUUGGCUGGAUCCUGGCGAGUCUCUGGGCAUCAGUAUCGUUGGCGGUCGUUCGGUUAUAAAGCGCCUGAAGAAUGGAGAAGAGCUGAAAGGCAUCUUCAUUAAACAGGUGCUUCCAGACAGCCCUGCAGGACGCACACAUGCACUUAAAACUGGAGACAAGAUCUUACAGGUAGCAGGUGUGGACCUGCAAAACGCCAGCCAUGAGGAGGCAGUGCAGGCCAUUAAAAAUGCUCCGAGCCCUGUGGAGUUCAUCGUGCAGAGCCUUUCUUCCACCCCCCGGCCUGUUUCAGUCACAGCCUCGAGUAUAAGACAGCACAAGGCCAAGAGGAAAGGCAUGAUGAAACCAGAACAGCGGAGUGCGCCGCCCCCCAUGCGUCUCCCUCCACCAUACAGACCUCCCAGCCUUGUGCAGGAAGAGGAGGAUCCUGAGGAGGACAGAGAGGAUAUCAGGCAGAAGUAUGGCGAGCUACAAGGGGAGCUGCUGCUGGUGGAACUGGAGAAGGAUCGACAGGGUUUGGGUCUGAGCCUGGCUGGAAACAGAGACCGCUCCUGCAUGAGCAUCUUCGUGGUGGGGAUCAACCCUGAAGGACCAGCCAGCCGUGAUGGACGCAUCCGAGUGGGCGAUGAGUUACUGGAGAUCAAUAACCAGGUGCUUUAUGGGCGGAGCCACCAAAAUGCAUCAGCCAUAAUAAAGAGCGCUGCAUCCAAGGUGAAGCUGGUGCUGCUCAGGAAUGAAGAUGCUAUCAAUCAAAUGGCAGUUCCACCUUUCCCCUACCAGCCUUCCUUUCUCUCCUCAAAUGAGAUUCAUCCGAGCCUUCCAGAAGCUGUAAUACCUGCAGAGAAGCCGCAACCCCUGGAGUGUCUCCCAGAGCCCCUGCUGAGCCAGAUCCCAGAGCAGUCGAGUGAGGCCACUCCAGAGAGCUCACUGUCUGCAGAGGUGGUGGACAAGAGCCUACAGGACCGCGAGGCUGCCUCUAAGAAGCUAAAGUCUUCAGAAAGAACAUUAGAGACUGUGGGUGAGGAUGUUUCCGGACCAUUGGAAAAGUCUGCUAGCCUUGCCAAAAGCCUGAGAAGCCCCAGCAAGCUUCCAUCAACUUCUGUGGAUGUGGCAGCACUCUUACCUCCAGUGCCUCCUUCAUGCACCAGCCCUGAGUUUGAGUGCUGCAGCAAAGACCCUGCUACAUGUCCUAUAGUGCCAGGGCAGGAGACUGUGAUAGAGAUCUCUAAGGGCCGUUCUGGACUCGGCCUCAGUAUUGUCGGGGGCAAAGACACACAGCUGGAUGCUAUAGUGAUCCAUGAGGUAUAUGAGGAGGGAGCAGCAGCACGGGAUGGACGUCUGUGGGCUGGAGACCAGAUACUGGAGGUGAAUGGUGUGGACCUGCGCAGUGUAGCUCACGAGGACGCUAUCGCGGCUUUGAGACAGACUCCUGCUAAGGUGCGUCUGACGGUUCUGCGGGAUGAAGCGCAGUACCGUGAUGAGGAGAACCUGGACGUGUUCUCUGUGGAACUGCAGAAGAAGAGUGGCCGUGGUCUUGGCCUCAGCAUCGUGGGCAAGAGGAAUGGCACAGGUGUCUUCAUCUCUGACGUGGUUAAAGGUGGUGCAGCUGAUGUGGACGGCAGGCUCAUGCAGGGAGACCAGAUCCUGUCUGUGGACGGAGAGGACAUGAGACGAGCUUCUCAGGAGACAGUUGCUGCUGUCCUUAAGUGUGCCAGGGGAAUGGUGCAGCUAGAGUUGGGCCGGCUGAAGGCUGCCUCUUGGAUCUCCUCCAGACGCACCUCCCAGGGAAGCCAGAGUCAUGCAUGUAAUAUGACCAAUAGCAACCCUGUGGCCCCCAUGGCUCCUCCCACUGCCCCACAACCCAGCCAGUUACCCAGCAGCACUAAGAGAACUGGAAACGAGGCCAACACCAAGAGCUCUGUAGUUGAAACAGGCCUACGCACAGUGGAAAUCACUCGUGGCCCAACUGAUGCGUUGGGGAUCAGUAUAGCUGGAGGAAAGGGCAGUCCACUGGGAGACAUCCCCAUCUUCAUCGCAAUGAUCCAGGCUAACGGUGUAGCAGCCAGAACCCACCGCCUCAAGGUUGGUGACCGUAUUGUGAGCAUUAACUCUCAUUCUCUGGAGGGUCUGACUCACGGAGAGGUGGUCAACAUGCUGAAAAACGCCUACGGCAACAUUUCUUUACAGGUGAUAGCAGACACUAACAUCAGUGCCAUCGCCAGUCAGGUGGAGAGCAUGUCCUCAAGCUCCGCCCUGAGCACCAACACUGAGACCCCAAUUACAGAGCCAGAAACACCCAAGCCAAAGAGCAUCACUCUGGAGAAAGGCUCUGAAGGGCUCGGCUUUAGCAUCGUGGGUGGCUUCGGGAGCCCACACGGAGACCUGCCCAUCUACGUCAAAACUGUCUUCAGCAAGGGGGCAGCAGCGGUGGACGGGCGCCUAAAGCGUGGAGAUCAGAUCCUCUCUGUGAAUGGAGAGAGUCUGGAGGGAGCCACGCAUGAGCAGGCCGUGGCCAUCCUGAAGAAACAGAGAGGGCUCGUCACACUGUCUGUACUCUCUUAACACAAACGCACACUCACAUGGACUGCCACGAACUACACAGACAUAUAUACACAGACACACACACACACCUGUUGCAUUCCUAUCAGGAUCCAAGGAGAGGACUCUGAAACCUUGUACACACACACCUAGAAGAGGGAGCAUGCAUAGCACCUGAUUAAAAUCUCCUUCAAGUUUGUAGAGCUCAGUAACAGAAACUCCAGCAGAGAUCUGUGUGAGAAUGAAAUUGAACUUAACCCCUUUAAUGUGUGUGUGCAUUUUUGAUCUACCACUAAACAAGAAGGGAAAUUGCUCAUGACCUAAAUGUCUUAAAUCGUUUUGUUUCAUUAAGUUAAUGAGCAGACAUCAGGGCAUGGAUGACUCCUGUGUCAGCAGCAACAACUUUAUUCAUUUAUCACAUGCUCACAAUCAACACACUAAUCAAUCCAAGCCUGUAGCUGAGCAGUUCAGGGUUAUGACUCUGUGGCAGAUCAACCUUCUGAGCAGCCUUCUACUGCAUCUGUAGUGUAUCUAUGCUUACAGUGGACAAAAAAUUUUGACACAUUUCCCUGUACUGAGAUAAGAACAAAAAAGAAAUAAGGUCUAACAGUAACAGUGUUAGACUUCUGUUAGUGUUAACAGAUGUGAGAGAAUGUUACCAAAGAUGUUAUGAAGUUUCCAAAUUUCCGACCCUGGAGCAAUACAGUAAGUCAUUCAGAAUACUUGGUUUAUUCCCUAAAGGUACCCAAAAACCAUCACACCACACCAAAUCUGUCCUCUGAAAAAGUAGCCCAGUAUCUUAAAGUGCAAGUUAUACAAAUUGAGAGCUUAGUUGUUUACAUUUAUACAUAUGUGAAGCACAAAGGUCAUUAACUAUUAAAAUCAUGUGACUAUUAAAAACAACAGCAAAGGGGGUAAAGAAGGAAACAACAAAAUAAUAAGGGCUGACCAUAGUAACAAUAAUCUUUUUUUAUAUAUAAAAUUGAAAGAAAAAACCACCUUGUACAGUGGAAGUUUUUUUAACCUGUAGAUUUUCUCUCACUCAUAGCAUUGACCCAGUAUGUAGAUUUCUCUUAAAAUUUUCAGUUUCUUGUUAUUGCUUUAUUGAAAUUCAGAGCUUAAUAUAUAUUCAUUUCCAAGAAAUGCAUGUUUUGUGUAAUUGUCCCAAAAACAUCCAUUAUAAGUGAAUUGAGAGUGAACAGGUUUUUAUGUUUUCUCAGUGCAGGGAAACACGUCGAAAUUCUUGUCAAUGAUAAUGACGUGCAACCCAAAGCAUAAAAAAAAAAUUAGUUCUUUUUUCACAAAGCUACCACUGGCUCUUUUGAUUUACCUAGAAACACUAAUUCAGUACACCUGAACACAGAUCUGUCAUUGCAAUAAAAACAUAAAUACUGAACACAUUCCCAGUCGUCAUUUAGGGAUAUGAAUGGCAGCAGCCACGCUGUGAUUCCUCUGUGAAUCACUCGAGUGAUUAACACAUGCAGACACACAGUUUUCACCAGCUGACUGACUGUACAUUUUAAUUCACUUUGCUUGCUAAUAAGAAUCAGUCGUCACUGUUGAAUGUUCACACGCGCGCACACACACACUGUCAUAGAAAACUAUAGGGAUGAACUGUGAUAAGGGAUUAGUGCUGAAACGUUAUGUUUUCGCUGGCCUUAAUUAGAUCAUGCUGAGUAUUCUGUUAAUUUUUGUUUCUGUUGUAUAUGUGCUCUUCAUUAUUAUUGUCUCACCAACACUAGAAGCAGCAUGAUCUAUUGUAGUGAAAUGGAGUAAUUUAGAGCGCUGCGUUCCUGUUUCUGACUGAAUAAUCAUGUCUGACUGUAGUUGUCAGAUUCACAAAGAAUUUUUGGGGACUUUGUAUUUUUUUUUUUUUUUUUUUUUAAUACUAAAGCUGUCAAGAGUGUUUCAUCAUUUAAUUGCACAAAUCUAGUCAGUGUAAAUAUGUAAUUUAUUUCAUUAAUUCAAUUUGAUUUUGUAGGACUUUUGAACUAGCAUUCCUAUCAAUGUUGAAAUGAAGAUGAUAUGUGAAAUGUAUCAUUUUACACUGUGUGUACCACAAUAUGAGGAAAUCCUGUGUCAGCUGGACUCCUGAUCUUCAAACGGAAGUGUGCCAAAUUCUUGCAAGACACUUGUAUGACCUCAGGGUCGUAGAAAAUGCAUGAGGAGGCUUUCGCCAAAAUGUCCAUGCUGAGGUAAACCACUUUCUGCAUUAGGGCUGUGCUUGACAUAUUUCAGAUUCAGCUUUAUACUGAGCUGAAUCAGGAGCAUGAAAACACUAAAUUGGGCUUUCCCAAUUUAAGCUCAUUUAACUCACUCUAGAGGUUUUAAAAUCAGGAGUGUCUGACUCAGAGAGCCCUGCAGAGAUUUAUAGCUAUGUCUCAAAUGGUAUACUUCACUUACUUUUUGUGUGUAGUGUCUUCACACCAGGAAACGCAGCAAGCUGUAAUGUACUAUUAAUACCCUGAUGGUGUACUUAUAAAGCCUAAAAAUGAAGCAUGGAACAAUGAAAACUUUUUGAACUAUAUGAAGUCAUUGUGGACUGCAUUAUGUUUAAAAAGGGCUGGAGCCAUCAGAUCGCCACCGGUUAAUAAAUGCUGCUAAAUAGCCAGUGCAGCAGGUGAGAACAGUUCUACGCCCUAGAUAAAUAUUGGGUGGUUGUAGGUUUUUUCUUUUCUUUUUUUUUCUUUUUUUUAAUGUUAAUGUUAAAAAUGCUUAACUCCCGGGGGCUGUAUACUCUAGUACAUAUAUUGUGCAAGUGUAUUAGUGUAUAAUGUUAGAAAAUAGUGCCUAGUACGCCAUUUGAGGCUGUGAUAAAUAGCUGGUGACUUGAAUCACAUGUGUUAAAUGAAGUAGAAUGCUAAUCUCUGUAAUGCUCUGACUCUGACACUCCCUCUCUAAAUGGUCCUAACCUUUCAGCUUAAUGGUCCUUCUGGGAAAAGUUUACAGCACUGUGGUUCCACUGGUAGAGGGUUUUCCCAGUGCAGACAUGUUCCUCUCAUCAGGUGCAUCCAUUGGAAUGAAGAGCGCUGUGUCGUAACUUGACUUCUAUGUGUUUUCUCCAUACUGUCCACCAUGAAUUCCCUUUAAAACAUAUGUUUGUAUGUAUGUCUGUCUCUUUUCCCCCGUUCCCUCCCCCUACAAAUACAGAAAUACCGAAUGUUAAUUCAACUGGAAAUGUUUAGUUUAUUGGUCAGUCUUUGUGAAAUGAUCAUGUAAUCCCAAAGAAACCAUGUCAAGAUUCAUUAUGUUAGAUAAUGAGAGAUGAUCUAAUAAACCUGAUAUCUACAUUUA